UGCCUCGAGUGUUUGCGGCACUGAGGGUUAGUUUUACAAAUGUUUGACUGGGUAUAAUAAGGUUUGCAGCGCUACACCCUCGCUGCCACCACCAUUUAUGUGCAUUACUACGUCAUCACUUGACUUUAGCAAAGCAGUUUCGUAGGACGUGACUGUAGAAGAACGAAGGCGUUUAGUGUCGAUGACAAAAUUGAAAGUAACGUUAGUUGAAAACAAACUGAAAGAUUAUUCAGUGUAUGCCAAAGAUGGUCAGACCUCACCCCGGACCUCCUCGGUUCAAACCCAGGCCCUACUCAGAUGGCUACAACAACAUGCCACAUGAAGAGAAUUACAGUCCCCACCCCAGGAGUCAGAGAGGAUUCCGGGGCCACUCAGGAAAGGUCCCUCCAAGCUGGAGAGAUUCCAGAGGCAGAGGACGUGCUCACUUUGCCAAAAGGCCCCCACUGAUGGGAGAACAGAGGCCCCCACUGAUGGGAGAACAGAGGCCCCCACUGAUGGGAGAACGGAGGGAGCGACCUUUCAAUCAGUGGAGGUCCCAAAACCAGGAUUCCUUCAAAACAUACCCCUCCCAAGCGGAGCCCCAUCAUGGCCACAGGAGGCCAUCCCCAUCCAGGCCAAACCGUCCCCCCCCAGCACAGCAUAGGUCCUCCCCGCACACUCCUGCCCAAGGGCCCCAGGGACACCACUCGGGUCACAGAUCCCCCUCACCACGCCAUUACCAUAACCAACCUCCUGACAGGAGGCCGCCACCCUCACAGUCCCCCCACAGUUCCUUCAGGGGCCCUCACAAGCGCCCAACUCACAAGCGCCCAAGUCCUUCCCACGAAGAGGACAGGAGCUGGGGUGCCCGGCCGCAUCAUAGCCCCAGGGAGAGGCAGUUUGAGCGCCAAGGUCGUGGGGGGAAGCGCUGGAAUGGGCCAGGGCCCUUUCCACGACCACACAAUGGUGAACGUGGGCCCUCUGGCUCACCCCAGAGAAAGCCACGGGAGUUUCAUGGCAGAGGUCCUUAUCCAGAGAGGUACAGGAGUGAAGAUGCAGUAUUGGCUGGGUGGUCUGCUGAGCGAGAUCCCAGGCAGCAGCAUGCAGUGGUGGGACGGGAGAGGGAGGGCAGCGGACGCCACAGCGCUGAGUGGGCACAUGAAGGCAGCCCUCACCACCCUCCCCACAAAUCCCCCGCAUGGAAAGGAGGUCGGUCGUCGUCCUCUUUCCACCAGAACAGCCCUCAGGAAAGGCCAAGUGGACCACCACACAAGCGGAAGUUCCAGGAGCGUGGGAUGCCUCCUGCAGGCCCUGAUCUGGAGCAUGGUCACCCAAAGCGCCCUCGGAUAGAGAUUCCACAUUACUUCAACGCCCCUAGGGGAUUUGGCGGCCGUCCCUUGUCAUUCAGGGACAAGAGUCGCUUGCUGAAGGGGCGUAAAAUGAGAGCGGAGUCGGUGAUGAGGCUCAAAACACCUCCACCUCGGCCCAAAGGAGCAGAGAUCCAUGAAGAGGAAGGGCCGCAUACGUCCUGGGGAAAUGCGCCAUCCAAGUUCGCUCUUCGGAGGGAGCGUUUCCAAGCAAAGGCUGGCCCACUGAGGAAGAGGCCGAUGCCCCAUCAGUCACCCCCCAACCCAGAAGCCAAUUCAACCAAGUCUUCCAGGGACUCAGAGUCACAGAAGGAACAGGUGGACUCUCACCGAGCCUUGAGCACACACAGCCCUUCCUCUAUAGACAAACGGCUGGCUCGUGACCUAGUCGUUGUGUCCCAGUGGCAGGCACCUGGGACUAACUCAAGCUCAAAGGACAGCCCCCCAAGGGAUAGAAGUAGGACACCAAAGAACAAAACUGAGCGCUAUUACAAUUCAGAUGAACAACUUACGCUGAAUGAACGCUUCUCUAAAAUUCAUGACUCCAGUCCUUCCCCUUCACCAAGAGACCGGAGAUAUGCGGAAAGGCAAACGAACGUGCCACAGGAGAACCACAGACCUGAAAGACCCUUCAGGAAACCAGGACCACCACAGAGACCCAGCUUCCGUCCCACCAGCCCAAAUCUCAAACCAGGUCCUCCUCCCCAGAGAAGACCAGGCCCUGAACCGCCUGGUCCCUCUAGGAAGCCACUCAUGGGAGGCUUUGUGCCACGUCCCUUCUCUCAAAGGCCAGUGUUCAGGAAAAGCCAGAGCAUUCUGUCCAAAUACCGUAACAUGCCUACGAUGCGACAACAUGUACCCCCCAACAGAGGGUCUAAUUACCGCCGCUGGUGAUCAAACUAGAGGGACCGAGGGCACAGAUCAGUGUUACACACCCUUUCCCCCCCUGGCCUUGGGUUGCGUCUUUGUCCUGGAGAUGGUCCCCCAAUGGAACUCUCCCUGUCGUCAGGAGUCCAUCAGAAAAAUACAGCUACACUGUUUAUUUUUGACUGUUUACGUAAGAUGUGUUUAAAUAUACAGAAUAGGCUAUCAGUUUCUAGUCUUCCAGACUGUAGUUAUUAUGGACAUUGUUUUUUGAUUUCACAACCAUGUUACAGCUCUCAUAUCGUGUAAAUGAAAUUAUGAAGAUUUUACCUCUUUAUAGUUACCAGUACCACUUUUAGUUUUUCCCCAGUGCUUAGAGAAACUUUAUUUUUUUUGCUGUACUGUAGAAGCAGUCUUCAAGACGAUUCCCCAAGGGCUGUUGAAUAUGAUGCUCAAGUCUAAUUCUCAACCUGUAAAAACUACUGAUGCCAUUUUCAUGUCCUGCUCAUUUGAACCUAUGUACAUUGUUUUGUUUAAGAUAUUGCGAAUAAAUGGCUGGACAUGC